CGGAAGGCUGAGCGGCUAAGGUCCCACGUAAUUCCUCUGCAGCCAUCUCGACCAUACUCAGCGACUCCGAAGGUGUGGGGCGGCGAGGGGGAUGAGAAGAAAAAGGAUCCAAGGACGGAGGAUAAGCUACACCAGCCAAAGCGUGCCGCGUCAGCCGCUGCACAAACAUCCCUUCUCUGUGGCGUUACUUGUGGGUAUAAAUGGCGUGCGCUGCCAAGUGAGAUACGGCCUCAAAUCAAGGAGGCAGUUGCGCAGGACAUCGCCUGUCGUCUUGACGUCCCUCGAACGAACAUAACAACAGAUGAGUACUACGGAGACUCUCUCAUUGUGCAAACGGCUGUGGAACACGACGGCACUCGCACCGACGCUGAACUACAGCAAUCCAUUCCCACCAAAGAACCUACGGUUAAUAAAAUUGUACAACACAAGCAAUCUGAAGAGGGUUUUGAGAGUCAUUUACAGGCUAAACCAUGUGAAAAAGCAACUCUAGGGCCUGAACUGGAGGCAGACAGUAUUCUGGCACCGCCCACAAAAGACAAGCAGGCUGCCACGGAGCCACCACCAGAGCCACAAAAGCUUCAAGAUUUGGAGCAAUACAAUAUGAAGGCAACAAACGAAAUGACACCCACCGAGAGCGCACGCACUUACCUCCGUAACCGACUCAACUCGCUUAACGACACAAUGAAACGACUGGAAAAGGAGGAUGGCGCACAAAUGUUGAUGGCACUACGGCGGCUUGAGGCAACCACAAACAACAGAAACCGCGUUACAAAAAGACAACGCUUCGGCAAUUUGUACGCAAGGACACCAAAGCACGCGGAUCAAACACGUACAAGGAACACCAUGGAAGAAGCGCCGCCACAAAUCUUGAAGCAGGAGCGACAGACAACGGUAAACAAGGUGACGGACGGGGAGCCGAGAAAGCCAGCGGAGGAUGCUGAGAGGGAGGCCGCGCCGCCACUGCACAGCACGGAGGACAUUGUCCCUGCGGACACGGAGAGGGAGCUGAGUGAGCCUGCGGAGGAUGCUGAGAGGGAGCCCGCGCCGCCGCUGCACAGCACGGAGGACAUUGUCCCUGCGGACACGGAGAGGGAGCUGACUGAGCCUGCGGAGGAUGCUGAGAGGGAGGCCGCGCCGCCGCUGCACAGCACGGAGGACAUUGUCCCUGCGGACACGGAGAGGGAGCUGAGUGAGCCUGCGGAGGAUGGAGAGAAGGAGGCCGCGCCGCCGCUGCACAGC